GUCUCUCUCUUUCUUGCUUCUCUUCUCUUCCUCGGUUUCAUGGAAGCUCAUCAGAUCUUGGGUCACUGAAAAGAUCAACAAAUUAGAGAUUUUUUACUUCACAUGGGAAUGGAGAAGAAGGAGCAUCUCAAGAAAGAUAGAGAGAGAAUAGAAGCUGUUCUUCAAAUCCUCAAGAAACAAGCCCCUCUUACAGUCAAACAGGAAAAGUUUUGCAACGAUGCAUGUGUUGAGAGGUUCUUGAGAGCCAAAGGAGACAGUGUGAAGAAGGCUGCGAAGCAUUUGAGAGCUGUGCUUUCAUGGAGAGAUAACAUUGGAACUGAGCAUUUAAUAGCGGAUGAGUUCUCAGCCGAGCUUGCAGAGGGCUUGGCCUACGUGGCUGGUCAUGACGAUGAUUCCAGACCUGUUUUGAUUUUCAGGAUAAAGCAAGACUACUUGAAAUCCCAUUCACAGAAAUCGUUUGUGAGGUUCCUAGUCUUCACUAUUGAAGUCGCUAUCUCCACCAUGCCCAGAUUCAUUGACCAGUUUGUAAUCAUCUUCGAUGCAAAUCUUUUCAGGUCCGCCUCUCAACUACUCAACCUGGUCAUGGGCACACUCAAGAUCACCUCAGACUAUUACCCAGCUCGUCUUCACAAAGCCUUCAUCCUCAACCCUCCUUCCCUCUUCCCAUAUCUCUGGAAAGGAGCUAGGCCAUUUAUAGAACUAUGGCCAGUAACCACACUAAUAUCAUCAACAACAAUGGAAGAAGAUGAUGAUCCAAGAACACUAUCAACAUCAACGGUCAACCGGAGCACCACCGGCUCAGUUUCAUCACGUUUUUCAUUCACUGUCUCCGGCCAUGAUUCACUCAAACCAUGGUAUCUCAACACGGUUGCCGAGCCAUCCCCAUCUCUCAUUGGCUUGUCUCCACAAACAGCGAGGUCUUACUCGUUUGCCUCGCCGUCGGUGAGGUCAACGCCGGUGAAGACACCGCAGCGAGUAGCACCGCGCACGCCGAGACCAUCGUUCUUGGCGUCGCCGGCGGCGGCGCUGUUUAGUAUGAAGAAAGAAGGGCAGCAAGGUGGGAAAGAGGUGAUGUUUUUGCCUUAUUUGAGGCUUUAUAGAAGGCCUUAUGAUGAGAUGGUUUAUAGAGGGAAGAUGAAGCCACCGCUUGGUGGGCUUGUUUCCAUUGUGGCGCCGCAGCAUUCCGGCAAACAGAUUGUGCAGCCGCCGCACUUGCUGCGCCGUGUUGGCACUAGUUAUCAGCAGAGAUUUUGAGAUGGGCGUUGGUUGGUGGUUGUGAUGGUGGUGGUGAGGGUAAGGGGGGAUUAAUGUGUAAUAAUUUUGGGUGUGAGAUUAAUGAAUAAAUGUGUAGUGGCAUUUGAUUAAUUGUAUACAUGAUUGUGCUUCUGCUUUUUAAUUUAGUUGUUUUUUUGUAUUUUA